UGGGCGGGCGGGGAGCCCAGGCCCGGGGGGCGCGGGGCCGUGCCACCGCCCGCCGCCUUUUGGGGACCGGCGUGGGGCGUCUGCGCCCGGCAGUGCCCAGGCCGGAGAGCGCAGGGCCCGGCCGGGGAGACGCGGACAGCAGCCUGGGGUUGAUCGUGAUUGGAAGAGGACUGUCAGAAGAUCCUGAAAAACACAGUCUUACUGUGAAACGCAAAAAUGCAUUGCCUGCACAUUUUACAAGGAACGUACAGAAAGCCAUUGAUACAUACACCUGUGAAUCCACAUCUUCACUUUCUUCAAGUGGGUGCCCCACACCCACAGCAAUGCAUGACUCUUGGUCUGAAACACGAAGUUCUACCACAGGUUUUUCUGCUGAGAGAAGCUCCAUCUGCUCUUGGAGAGAUGAUGAGUUUGAUAAAGCCAGUGCACAGAAAGUACAGCAGUUGUUCUGGGAGGUGGAAGAAAUGUUAUUUGAAGAAAAAGUAAGUUCUCAGACCCAGAAUCUACAAGCUGAAUGCAGUGAGUGGGCAAGAAGGUCCCUUCACCUGAGAGUCUUAGGACAACAGCUUAUUCUGCCAACAGAUGAAGGGUUUCAACAUUUUCAAAUCAGCAAGCCAAGUUCUGUGGUGCCCAAACCCAUAUUUGAGGCCUGUGAAUGCAGCAACAGCAUCAGAGAGCUCUGCAUCUCUGGCUCCCAUAUGGUGCCUACAGCACUCUCCUACUCAGCCUUGUCAAACCCAGAUUCCACAGAGGCUGCUGACUUGACCACAUGUUCAUCUCUAGAAGAAGAGGUUUAUGAUGUGGAUGGAAAGAUGGAAGAGUAUUUUGCAUUUGACAUAAAAGAAGAAAAUGAUGAUGGCAGUGGACAAAAAUCAGCUCGGUGUCGUCGGACACAGUGUAAACGUGGCCUUCCUCCCAUUUCCCCACAUGACUGUAUCAAAGAUGCUGUGGUAGCAGAAGUAUUUGACCACAUCUGGACAAAUGUCGUAGAAAUGUUGGGAGAACUGAUUAGGAAAAGCUGGGAAAUUACACUCAAAGAAAAGAAAAAAGAGAAUGAGAAAUUAAAAUCAGCCAAGAAAAAGGCUUCCCAGGGACUCAUUUCUCAGUGUGUUAACACCGAGGCAUCAAGUGUUCCCCCGUCCCGGAGUUCAGAAACGCGGAGAAUGUCCCUAACUUCUCCUGCUCAUGCUACUCAGCGCUUCUCCAACAAUUUUUACAGAGAUUUGAAUGGUGUGAUGAUAAUUCAAGCAAAACCACUGCAGCAGAGACCUUCUAGUUUUGUGGAUAGAACACAGAAUGAGCAGGAGGACAAAUCUCUGGUUACUGGAGUCAGUGUUCUUUCUUGGGCUCGGCACAACCCAGUACGUAUCUCAGAAAUGCGCAGUCUACAGAAUUCUUCCAAGAAAGCACCAGUACAUAGGAGGCUGCCUUCUCUGACUUCAGACACACUGAGAAUAAAAACUCCCAACUUUAACAUUGAUGAAGUCCUUAGGGGAACAAAACUGCAGACUGGCACAGACCUCACAUCUUCCCCACCAGUUCCAACCUCACGGAACAGGUUACCCCCUAUAGGCGCAGAGACCGGUGAGCAAAAUGCAGCAAUUUCUGGAUCUCGCCCUGUUUCUUACAGAGGGAGACAUCUGCAAACUCGUGGGCUAAGUGCAUUGCCUGAUCAUGCAGAACAAACACCUCUUCGAGAAAAAACCCUUCCUGUAGAACAGACCUCAAGGCCCAACACAAUUCACACAUUUCGGUCAGACACAUCUCGAAAGGGCUCAUUGAUACUGACCGAGUGUGCUGGUCACACAUGGACAGGUCAAGGAUUUCUGACAGGUUCACAUUAUCUACCUAAAUCUUUUCAGAGGACAACACUGACAUCAAAAAAGAGAUUCCAAAUGACAUCUUGAUCAAAACUUCAUCUUGAUUAUAACUACAGCACUUGGAACACUGAAUGUCUCACCGUACUAUUUCUAGCUUUAAAAGAACAAGUAUUAAACUGUGUACCUGUUUAUCAGCAGUCUGAAGUGUGAGAGUAUUUAAGAUAAAUUCAGAAGAAUAAAUAAUUUUUUACCACAUUGGGAAGAAAAUAUAAGUCAAGUUCACUCACCUUUAUUGGAAAUAUUCCAAAGUUCUUUAAACUUGGUUCAGAAGAUGCUUGUACGUGUUGAUAAUCCAUCCUUUAUGAAUGACAUACAGUUGUGUUAUGUAUUCACCCAUACUUAAAAUAUAUUCAAAUACACUAUUGAAGAAUGUUA